UCUGAGUAAAACAGGUUUGAUUGAAAGAUGGGUGAUAUGGUGAUGGCAGAGUUUGGGCCAGCCGCUCCCUUCUUGCGGAAGUCGGAUAAGGAGCGUCUGGAGGCCCAGACUCGCCCCUUCGACAUGAAGAAAGAAUGCUUUGUGCCCGACCCUGAAGUUGAGUUCGUCAAAGCCUCCAUCACCAGUAGAGACGGUGACAAAGUCACUGUUAACACUGAGUUUGGGAAGACAGUAACUGUGAAGGAAGCUGAUAUUCAUCCUCAGAACCCGCCAAAGUUCGAUAAAAUUGAGGACAUGGCGAUGUUCACCUUCCUCCACGAGCCCGCUGUGCUGUUUAACCUCAAAGAGCGUUACGCAGCCUGGAUGAUCUACACCUACUCUGGGCUCUUCUGUGUCACUGUAAACCCCUACAAGUGGCUUCCAGUGUACAAUCAGGAAGUUGUCGAUGCUUACAGAGGAAAGAAGAGGAGUGAAGCUCCUCCUCACAUCUUCUCCAUCUCUGACAAUGCCUACCAGUACAUGUUGUCAGACAGGGAGAAUCAGUCUGUCCUGAUCACUGGAGAAUCCGGUGCUGGAAAGACUGUGAACACUAAAAGAGUGAUCCAGUACUUUGCGAGCAUUGCAGCAGCAACAACCGGCAAGAAGGAUCCAUCAGCGGAGAAAAAGGGUACUCUGGAAGAUCAAAUCAUUCAGUGUAACCCCGCUCUGGAAGCUUUUGGCAAUGCCAAGACCAUCAGGAAUGAUAACUCUUCCAGAUUUGGUAAAUUUAUCCGUAUCCAUUUCGGAGUAAGUGGAAAGUUAGCUUCUGCUGAUAUUGAGACUUAUCUUCUGGAGAAGUCUCGUGUCACUUUCCAGCUCAAGGCUGAGAGAGACUACCACAUUUUCUAUCAGAUCCUGUCUCAGAGAAAACCAGAACUUCUGGAGAUGCUGCUCAUCACCAACAACCCUUAUGACUACAACUUCAUCUCCCAAGGAGAGAUACAAGUGACCUCAAUUUGUGAUGGUGACGAGCUGAUGGCAACUGAUGAAGCUUUUGAUAUAUUGGGCUUCACCCAAGAGGAGAAGAACAGCAUCUACAAGCUGACUGGUGCCAUCAUGCACUACGGCAACAUGAAGUUUAAGCAGAAGCAAAGAGAGGAACAGGCAGAGUCUGAUGGGACUGAGGAUGCUGACAAAAUUUCAUAUCUGAUGGGCCUGAACUCUGCUGACCUCAUCAAGGGUUUGUGCCACCCAAGAGUCAAAGUUGGAAAUGAGUGGGUCACCAAGGGACAAAAUGUCCAGCAGGUGUACUACUCUGUUGGUGCUCUGGCAAAGUCAGUGUACGAGAAGAUGUUCCUGUGGAUGGUUAUAAGAAUCAACCAAUCCCUGGAAACCAAGCAGCCACGCCAGUACUUCAUUGGUGUACUGGACAUUGCUGGAUUUGAGAUCUUUGAUUAUAACACUUUUGAGCAGCUGUGCAUCAACUUCACUAAUGAGAAGUUGCAGCAGUUCUUCAAUCACCAUAUGUUUGUGCUGGAACAAGAGGAAUACAAGAAGGAGGGUAUUGAGUGGGUCUUCAUCGACUUUGGCAUGGACUUGGCGGCUUGCAUUGAGCUUAUUGAGAAGCCCAUGGGUAUCAUGUCCAUCCUUGAAGAGGAGUGCAUGUUCCCUAAAGCCAGUGAUGCCACAUUUAAAGCUAAGCUUUAUGACAACCACUUGGGGAAAUCAAGCAACUUCCAGAAGCCCAGGAUUGUCAAGGGUAAACCAGAGGCUCAUUUCUCCCUGGUUCACUAUGCUGGCAUAGUUGACUACAACAUUUCAAACUGGCUGGUGAAAAACAAGGAUCCUCUUAAUGAGACUGUUGUGGGAUUGUUCCAGAAGUCCACCUUGAAACUGUUGUCUAUACUGUUUGCAAAUUACGCUAGUGCUGACUGUGAGUAUACAUUGAAGUGUGACAUGAAAAUAUUAAACCCAAAUUUUACAAUAAUAACAAAACGAAUGUAUUUCACAGCGGAUUCUGCUGGUGGUAAGGGUGGCAAAGGAGGUAGCAAAAAGAAGGGUUCUUCUUUCCAAACAGUGUCAGCCCUCCAUAGGGAGAAUCUGAACAAACUGAUGACCAACUUGAGGUCAACUCACCCUCACUUUGUGCGCUGCAUCAUCCCCAAUGAGACUAAGACUCCUGGGGCGAUGGAGAAUCCUCUGGUCAUGCACCAGCUGCGCUGUAACGGUGUGCUGGAGGGCAUCAGAAUCUGCAGAAAGGGCUUCCCCAACAGGAUCCUGUAUGGAGAUUUCAAGCAACGUUACCGCAUCCUAAAUCCUGCUGCUAUUCCUGAGGGACAGUUCAUUGACAACAAGAAGGGUGCAGAAAAACUUCUUGGCUCUCUGGACAUUGAUCACACACAGUACAAGUUAGGACAUACUAAGGUGUUUUUCAAGGCUGGUCUUCUGGGUACACUUGAGGAGAUGAGAGACGACCGUCUUGCACUUAUUAUAACUGGAAUUCAGUCAGUGUCUCGUGGUUUUCUAUCAAGACUUGAGUUCCAAAAGAUUGUUGAUCGCAGAGAUGCACUGCUUGUGAUCCAGUGGAAUAUACGUGCUUUCAUGGGUGUCAAAAAUUGGCCCUGGAUGAAGCUGUACUUCAAGAUCAAACCAUUGCUGAAAAGUGCUGAGACUGAGAAAGAGAUGGCCAACAUGAAGGAGGAAUUUAUCAAGCUGAAGGAGGCUUUUGCUAAAACUGAUGCCCGCAGAAAAGAGCUUGAAGAGAAGAUGGUUUCUAUGCUCCAAGAGAAGAAUGACCUGCAGCUUGCAAUGCAGUCUGAACAAGAUAAUCUUGCAGAUGCUGAGGAGAGAUGUGAGGGUCUGAUCAAGAACAAGAUCCAGGGUGAGGCCAAAAUCAAAGAGCUGACUGAGAGACUGGAGGAUGAAGAGGAAAUGAAUUCCGAGUUGACGGCAAAGAAGAGAAAGCUGGAGGAUGAAUGUUCUGAGCUCAAGAAGGACAUUGAUGAUCUUGAGCUCACUCUGGCCAAAGUGGAGAAAGAAAAACAUGCCACUGAGAACAAGGUUAAGAACCUGACAGAGGAGAUGGCAGCUUUGGAUGAAAUCAUUGCCAAGCUAACCAAGGAGAAGAAAGCUCUGCAGGAGGCCCAUCAGCAAACGCUGGAUGAUCUCCAGAGUGAGGAAGACAAAGUCAACACACUCACCAAAGCCAAAGCCAAGCUGGAGCAACAAGUUGAUGAUCUUGAAGGUUCUCUGGAACAAGAAAAGAAAAUACGAAUGGAUCUUGAGAGAGCUAAAAGAAAGCUUGAGGGUGACUUGAAGUUGACACAAGAGAGUGUGAUGGAUCUGGAAAAUGAUAAGCAGCAGAUGGAUGAGAGGCUAAAGAAAAAAGACUUUGAAAUAAGCCAGCUCAACAGCAAGAUUGAAGAUGGGCAAGUUCUGGAUGCUCAACUCCAGAAAAAACUGAAAGAGUUGCAGGCCCGUAUUGAAGAGCUUGAAGAAGAGCUGGAGGCUGAGAGAGCUGCUCGAGCCAAAGUUGAAAAGCAGAGGGCAGAUCUGUCCAGAGAACUGGAGGAGAUCAGUGAGAGGUUGGAGGAGGCUGGUGGUGCCACUGCUUCCCAGAUUGAGAUGAACAAGAAACGUGAAGCUGAGUUCCAGAAACUGCGCAGAGACCUUGAAGAGGCCACUCUGCAACAUGAGGCCAUUGCUGCUACACUGAGGAAGAAACAUGCAGACAGUGUGGCUGAUCUAGGAGAGCAGAUUGACAACCUUCAGAGGGUGAAGCAGAAGCUUGAGAAAGAAAAGUGUGAACUCAGACUGGAACUGGAUGAUGUGAUCUCAAAUAUGGAGCAGCUUGUCAAGGCAAAAACAAACCUAGAGAAAAUGUGCAGAACUCUGGAAGACCAGAUGAGUGAGUACAGAACCAAAUCUGAGGAAGGCCAGCGCACAAUUAAUGAUUUCACCAUGCAAAAAGCCAAGCUGCAAACUGAGAAUGGUGAACUUUCCAGACAGCUAGAAGAGAAAGUUUCUUUGGUGUCUCAGCUGACCAGAGGAAAGCAGUCCUACACUCAGCAGGUUGAAGACCUCAAGAGACAACUGGAGGAGGAAGUGAAGGCUAAGAACGCCCUGGCCCAUGCAGUGCAGUCUUCUCGCCAUGAUGCUGAUCUGCUUAGAGAGCAGUAUGAGGAGGAGCAGGAAGCCAAAGCUGAGCUGCAACGUAGUCUCUCCAAGGCAAACUCAGAGGUGGCUCAGUGGAGAACCAAGUAUGAAACUGAUGCCAUCCAGAGGACUGAAGAGCUGGAGGAAGCAAAGAAGAAGCUGGCUCAGCGCCUCCAAGAUGCAGAAGAAGCUGUGGAAGCGGUCAAUGCUAAAUGCUCAUCUCUGGAGAAAACCAAGCACAGGCUCCAGAAUGAGAUUGAAGAUCUCAUGGUUGAUGUGGAGAGAUCCAAUGCUGCUGCUGCUGCUCUGGACAAGAAGCAAAGAAACUUUGAUAAAGUCUUGUCUGAGUGGAAGCAGAAGUAUGAAGAGUCCCAAACUGAACUGGAAAGUGCCCAAAAAGAAGCCAGAUCUCUCAGCACUGAACUCUUCAAAUUGAAGAACUCUUAUGAGGAGUCACUGGACCACCUGGAGAGCAUGAAGAGGGAGAACAAGAAUCUCCAAGAAGAAAUCUCUGACCUCACUGAGCAACUUGGUGAGAGUGGGAAGAGUAUUCAUGAGCUGGAGAAAGUUAGGAAACUGCUAGAGCAGGAGAAACAAGAGAUACAAGCUGCCCUGGAGGAGGCAGAGGGUUCCCUCGAACACGAGGAAGGCAAGAUCCUUAGAGCUCAGUUGGAAUUCAGUCAGAUUAAAGCUGACAUUGAACGCAAGCUGGCUGAGAAAGAUGAGGAGAUGGAGCAGGCCAAGAGGAACCAGCAGAGAAUGGUUGAUACCCUUCAGAGCUCACUUGAGUCAGAGACUCGCAGCAGGAAUGAAGCCCUCAGACUGAAGAAGAAGAUGGAGGGAGACCUCAAUGAGAUGGAGAUUCAGCUCAGCCAGGCGAACAGACAGGCAGCAGAAGCCCAGAAACAACUCAAGGGUCUUCAUGGACAUCUCAAAGAUGCCCAGCUGCAGCUGGACGAUGCUCUUCGGAGUAAUGAUGAUCUCAAAGAGAACAUCGCCAUUGUGGAGAGACGCAACAAUCUGCUGCAGGCUGAACUGGAUGAGUUGAGAUCAAUAGUGGAACAGACUGAGAGAGGAAGGAAACUGGCUGAGCAGGAAUUGCUGGAUGUCAGUGAGAGGGUUCAGCUGCUGCAUUCUCAGAACACCAGCCUGCUGAAUCAGAAGAAGAAGCUGGAGGGAGACAAUUCUCAGCUCCAGUCUGAGGUUGAGGAAGCUGUGCAGGAGUGCAGGAAUGCCGAGGAAAAAGCCAAGAAAGCCAUCACUGAUGCUGCCAUGAUGGCAGAAGAGCUGAAGAAGGAGCAGGACACCAGUGCUCAUCUGGAGCGCAUGAAGAAGAAUAUGGAACAGACCAUCAAGGACCUGCAGCACCGUCUGGAUGAAGCUGAGCAGAUAGCCAUGAAGGGAGGCAAGAAGCAGGUCCAGAAACUGGAAGCCAGGGUGAGAGAGCUGGAAAGUGAGGUGGAGAUAGAGCAGAGAAAAGCUAGCGAAUCUGUCAAGGGAAUUCGUAAAUAUGAAAGACGCAUCAAAGAACUCACCUACCAGACUGAGGAAGACAGAAAGAAUCUGUCUCGUCUGCAGGAUCUUGUGGACAAGCUUCAGCUGAAGGUCAAGUCCUACAAGAGAACUGCUGAGGUGGCUGAGGAACAGGCCAAUUCUAACCUGGGCAAGUUCCGUAAGAUACAGCAUGAGCUGGAUGAAGCUGAGGAGAGAGCUGAUAUUGCUGAAUCUCAGGUCAACAAGAUGAGAGCCAAGAGCCGUGAUACUGGACCCAAGAAGGGUGCUGAUGAGGAGUAAAAAUAUCACCUGGAGCUCUCCAAACACUGAUUGCAAUGGCAAUCUCUUCUGUAGUUCAGUAGAAUAAACAAGAUAUGCAAAUAUCUUUAAAACAUCAA